AUGGAUUUGAAUUUCUCUCCUUCCAACAACCCUACCUACGCCAUCUCCGUGAAUGGAACAAUCCCUGUUUCUUCCACCUUCGUUGCAACCACAACCCCUUUCGAAAACCCUCUCCCCUCCAACGCUUCCGGUGACCGGAAACACAUAGCUUUAUGGCCGGGGAUGUACCAUUCUCCAGUCACCACUGCUCUUUGGGAAGCAAGGACCAAAACCUUCGAGAGACUUCUUGACCCACCAAGAGAUGCUCCUCCACAAAGUGAAUUGGUUACUAGAACACCUUCACAGAGUAGGACCGGUAUUCUGUACAAUUUUUCAUCUGAUUUUGUUCUUAGAGAACAAUAUAGAGAUCCUUGGAAUGAUGUCAGAAUUGGCAAGUUGCUUGAAGAUCUUGAUGCUUUGGCUGGAACCAUUUCUGUUAAGCAUUGUUCUGAUGAAGAUAGCACAACAAGGCCACUUAUACUUGUUACUGCUUCUGUUGAUAAGAUUGUGCUAAAGAAGCCGAUUAGUGUUAACAUUGAUCUUACAAUUGUUGGUUCUGUUAUAUGGGUUGGACGCUCCUCCAUAGAAAUUCAACUUGAGGUUACUCAAUCCAAAAAAGAGGAAGGUGAUUCAGAUUUGGUAGUACUAACAGCAAACUUCAUAUUUGUUGCUCGAGACUCAAAGACUGGGAAGGCUGCCCCUGUGAAUCGACUUUCACCAGAAACUGAUCGCGAAAAACUUCUUUAUGAACAAGCUGAAGCAAGAAACAAUUUGAAAAAAAGGAAAAGAGGAGGAGAAAAGAAAGAUCUCGAUAACGGUGAAGAAAAUAAACUUAAAGAUCUAUUGGCUGAGGGAAGAAUUUUCUGUGAUAUGCCAGCUUUAGCCGACCGAGACAGCAUUCUUCUAAGGGAUACCAGCCUUGAGAAUUCCUUAUUAUGCCAGCCACAACAAAGGAACAUCCAUGGUAGAAUAUUUGGAGGUUUCUUGAUGAAUCGCGCGUUUGAGUUGGCUUUCUCGACAGCUUAUGCUUUUGCUGGAUUAGUUCCUUACUUUCUAGAAGUUGAUCAUGUUGAUUUCCUCAGACCUGUUGACGUGGGCGAUUUCUUGCGUCUCAAGUCCUGCGUUCUGUACACUGAACUUCACGACCCUGAUCAGCCACUUAUCAAUGUUGAAGUUGUUGCUCACGUUACAAGACCCGAGCUGCGAACUAGCGAGGUAUCAAAUACUUUCCAUUUCUCAUUCACCGUCCGUCCAGAGGCAAAGGCAGUGAAAAAUGGAUUCAAACUUCGAAAUGUAGUACCGGCAACAGAAGAAGAAGCACGUCGGAUAUUAGAGCGUAUCGAUGCUGACAACUUGAACGAAUUCUUCAGAACAUAA